CUCUGGCUUUCUCUUAUCUGCGGAUACUUGCCGACUAAUAUCGAUACCAAAGUCACCUCGACUUCACCCUUCCUUCAACAUCGCCCAUCCAUUAUAUACUGGAUGAAGCAAUAAACUUCUCCUCAUCAACCCUUGAUCGCUCUUAAGACGUCUUCAACUUCGUCUCUUGCGACUUUCUAUUCUGUCUGCUACGACAAUUCAACAAGCCGCACGUGCCAGCAUCCAUCCCCGCGCUCCCGUCCAGGUUGUUUGAAGCUAGGGUAUCUACAACUACACUCUCGACAUUCUGUUCUGCGCAAUCGGAACACAUCACCGCCUCAUCAGCCCACCGCCACAGAUAUGGCUACCGACUUCGUGAUGCCUCAGUUCCCCAACAACCAGCAACAAUCUCAUUUCCAGCAAACAUAUCGUGGUUUUCAUAAUAACCCAAGUAUGAAUCGCCAACAGCCGCCGCCUCAGCAAGUGAGCACGGGUGCUCCUUAUCAACCAUCCGCCCAGUACAACGGCAAUGGCAAUGGCAACAGCCGACAAAUCUCACCUCUCAGUACGUCAGGGAAUGUUUCGCCAACUUCCCCAAAGACCCUCACUCGUCAAAUCCGCCCGCUGUAUAUGCCGGCGGCCCUCAGGCCGAACCAGUACGCAUCCAAGCCGCCGACGUCGAGGCCCAGUUCCAAAGACGAGGAGAUUGAGGAGGAGCGCAAGUUGAAACCAACCACCAGCUAUAUCGGACGGGGUGCCCUGGGCCGAUUGAGCAGGAGAAACACUGGAGAUAGCGGCAUGUGCAUCGACCCCAACGUGAACCUGGAUCAUUAUCCCAAGCCGACCGGGGUACCGACGCGGAAGCACUGGAAGCCCGACGCAGAGUCUACGGUAUGCGAUGAUGCCAGGUGCAAGAAGAACUUCAAUUACUUCACCCGCCGUCACCACUGUCGCAGAUGCGGUAACAUCUUCUGUGACGUCCACAGCGCAUUCGAGAUCCCCUUGGACCAAGAUGCGAACUACAACCCCCGGGGAACUCCAAGCCGCGCCUGUCAGCACUGCUAUUCCCAGUUUAAGGAGUGGCGAAGCCGGGCCAACAGCCAGUCGUCGACCAGCGGUUCGUCUACCUCGGAUGGCAACACGACCAGCUCUGAGCCGGGCAGCCCGGUUCUUGCUUCCCCCAUCACCCCCUCGGGGAUUAAGAUGGGAUUCAAUCUGGGAUUGCCGAGCAUGCCCGAGGUGGCCCACAGCGUCCCUAGGGACUGGAACUGGAGCACAUUCUGA